AUGCCGACUCUCACUAAGCUUUACUCCAUGGAAGAAGCAGCAACUCACAACAAGCAAGACGACUGCUGGGUCGUCAUCGACGGCAAGGUCUAUGACGUAACUUCGUACAUGGAUGAUCAUCCUGGAGGAGAUGAUGUGCUUCUUGCUGUCACUGGCAAAGAUGCAACAGAUGAAUUCGAAGACGCAGGACACAGCAAGGACGCCAGGGAACUCAUGGAGAAGUAUUUCAUCGGCGAGAUAGAGGAAGCUUCUGUACAGGAGAUACCUGAGCUUAAGAUCUACAAGAAGGAGGAGCCAAAAGACUCUCUUCAGAAGCUUGUCGACUUGGCAAAGCAGUAUUGGGUUGUUCCUGUCUCCGUUAUCACUGUGUCCAUAGCGGUCAGUGUCUUGUUCUCUUGCAAGAAGUAG